AUGACGGGCUUAGUCAGAAAUGACAGCUUUAAGGAGAAAUUCCUUGCCCGUCAUAACGAGUACAGGAAGAAACAUGGGGUUCCUGAUGUGACCUUAAGCAAAGAGCUCUGCAGCACUGCACAGAACUGGGCUGACCAUUUACUGUCUAUUAAAACCCUGCAGCACAGUGAGACUGAAAACGGAGAGAAUGUGUUUUAUUCCUGGAGCUCUACUCCAGCCAACCCCACAGGACCUGAGCCUGUGGAAAAGUGGUACAGUGAAAUUAAAGACUAUGAUUUCAAAAAAUCUGGAUAUCAGCCCAAGACAGGACAUUUCACUCAGGUUGUAUGGAAAGCAACCAAAGAAGUUGGAGUGGGCUUGGCUACUGAUGGAAACACUGUCUUUGUGGUUGGUCAGUACAAGCCUGCAGGAAACAUAACCAAUGCAGGACAGUAUGAGGAGAAUGUUCUUCCUCCAGCAGACAAUUAAGAAGGCACCUGGGCUCCACAGAUAAACACACAGACAUGGAUUUCUAAUCAAGCAAAGCAUUUGUAAUUUACUGUAAUACGCUAACUUCAGAUUAUUAUUAGUCUAUUAUUAAUGAAUUGUUAUUAAAAUUACCAUUUGAUCAUUC